UCCCGCACCCGCCCGGCCAGACAGGCUGACGCGCCCGUGCCGGCGGGAGCCCGCGCCUCCUGCGACGGACCUGGACGGCUGCCGCCUGCAGCGCCGCGGGAGACUGCACCCGAGACGUUAGGCUGAGGUCGCGAGGUGACUGACGUCGGCGUCUCGACCGCAGGGUUGUGCGCGGUGCGACGCUCGAAACGCGUGACUGUCGAGGUGUCAGCUGCGAGUGGCACCACCUCGUCGACCUGAGGCCGGCGACAUGUUCAACUUGCACAGCCUAAACGGCGACCGGCUGGAGCGCUACCACGACCUGCACGUGCGGAAGCACCCGCUGCAGGGCCGCUCCUCGCUGCCCAUGGAUCUAUCGGCCAUGAAGACGUCCACGUGGACGUACAAGCCGGCCGCGCCGCUACAGCUGAUGGCGCCGCCACCGCACCUCGUGGAGAAGCAGAUGCGCUUCCGCCCGGAGAAGGCUCACCGUCGACCCGUGCAGCGGCUGCAGUGGCGCAAGAGCAAGUGGCAGCCGGACCCAGACGAGCCCAGCAGCUACCUCGACCUCAACCGUAUCAGCUCCAUGACUAUCGCCGACGUCAGCCCCAAGUUCGCCGUCAAGCGCAUCCUGAUGCUGUACGAGAACCAGCAGUACCGGGAGGCGGCCAACUUCGUCAACCGUCUGAGCCACGGCACGUUCAAGGUAAUCCUGACGGAUCUGCCGGUGGACGUGUUCAUCGAGUCGAUGCCGGACAGCUUGCCGAUCCUGGAGGCGCUCUACGCCAAGGUGUUCCUCUCUGACGGGCUCAACUUCUCGGUGAAGACUCUGAAGCCGGAUGCGGUGGUCAUGCAGAUGGUCAAGUUCUUCGCGCAGCAGGAGGACAGUCUGACGGGCAACAUCAAGUGGGAGCUGUGCGGCCCCUUCAUCGCCUCUUGCAAGAAGCUGCUGAAGGUGAUCGUGCACACCGAUCCCAAGAUCAAGAAGAUGUUGGUGUCGCGGCGUAAGGCGCUGGACAAGGCGGUGGAGGGCAUGGGCCACCACGGCAUGGUGGGCACCUCCGACGGCUCGCUGAUGAAUCUGCACGACGCGCUGAAGCUCGAGUUCAAGAAGGUGGUGACGUCGUACAAGGCGGCGCUGGAAAAGCUGGAGGAGCUGAGUUUGUCGACGGCGUCCAAGCAGACGCUGUGCCGCAGCAUCAGCCACGGCCCGGCGCCGAUCCAGGUGUCGCAUCAGCGCCAGCUGAGUAUCACUCAGCAGGAGAUUCAAGAGAGGCUCAUCAAGAACAAGACCAUCCUGAAUGUGGUGGAGCCGAUCCUGGGCAACCACAGCCUGGACAUCUUCCUUGGCAUCUUGCAGCGCCGCAUCGACCACGACAAGGACUGCCUCUUCCAUUUCACGCAGCUGAAGAAGGAAGUGAAGGACAUGAAGGACGCCUCAGUGGUUGUGCCCAUCCUGAUGCGCUACGGUCACGGCAUCGACCAGGUGCUGAAGCUGAUGCGGGAAGUGUCGGGGGACCAGGAGGAGAGCGACGGCAGUGACAUAUCCGGCUACCACUCCGACUCCGACUCGGCCAUCAUGACCUCGGGGAACUCGCCCUACGUCAGCAAGUCUGCCCGCUACAACUUCCUCUACAGAUCAGUGCGCGCCACGCCGGCCCAGUUCCGCGGCGCCAUCCCCGGCGUUCAGCGCGGCCGCCUCGGCCGCCGGCAGCGCUGCCAGCCAGCAGUCCGCCAUCUUCCGACACCCGGCUCCGUCGGCGACAAGUCCACCGACGACACCUCGCCCCAGCUGGAGGCCAAGCGGCAGCUCAAGCGCAAGGAGGUCGAGAAGCGCGUCUCCAACUCGAGCGGGUUGUGCGCGGUGCGACGCUCGAAACGCGUGACUGUCGAGGUGUCAGCUGCGAGUGGCACCACCUCGUCGACCUGA